AUGGCCACCGCUAUGGUCGCCUCUGAAUCCUCCCUCAGCAGUCGUGUUUCCUUGAUCUCACUCGACCCAGCGGUUGCUAGUCACAUCACCGGCACCACAAGGACCACGACCGUCCCUUCGGCAUCGCAAUAUGGCUCUAGCCCGAGGAAAAGAACAAAAACACCCGACACUGACAUCUCCCGCACCCACAUGAGAAACAACUCUGCUCCUAGUGUUUCGGACAAGAAGGCACCGACGUCGUUGAGGCGCGUCAAGGAUAGCACAGAGGUCUUGAGACAGCGCUCUACAAAGUCCUCCAAAAAGGCAAAGCAGUCGCUGGAGACAGUCCCUGACAAUGUCCACGGUCGCAACUUCACCGUGGGUAAUGUGGGAACCGGUGGCAUUCUCUACUUGACUCCGUCAACACAUCAAAAGGCAAAUGGAUCUCCACACUCCAUCAUCUCACCAGUGUAUUUGCCGUCGACGGCUCCAGCAAUCCUUAGUAAUGGCGACCAACGGCCACCAUCGAACGAAAAAGCGCCAACCGCCCGGUCCGUGUCCUCUUCCCACUCCCAUCGAACGGCCUCCUCGAAACGUUCCGUGAGACCUUCACCGAGGCCCAGGGUGUUGUUCCCCAGCCACGGCCGAUCCCAGUCCUUCUCUACAAUUGAAGAGCAUCGCCAGUCCUUGCUGGGUCCACAGUCGCGGACUCUGAGGAUCGUUAUCAAUCGCCCCGAGACCGCGAGACCGAAGACAUCGCAGGAAUCCACCGAAGAACCGACUCUAGAAUUCCUCCCUACACUAGAAGUCCCUAUUCCACACUAUCGUAUUGGUACUUUCCGCCUCAGCUCCAAUGGGACUCCAAUGCUGCGGGGAUCCUCCUUCACAAGGGCCUCUGUCACUCCUUCAGAUGUCACGCCUACUCAAGCAAUCAUGCAAGCAGAGGGCUACUUUGCCGCACCCCCACCUGCCAGCCUCAAAGCCUUCACAAAACUCGAAGCCAAAGACACAAGCGUCGUAGAGCAGCCAGCUCCCACCACUCCCCCCAUGCCACCGCUCUCCAAAGCUACGUCCGCAACGACUUCCAGCUCGCCCAGCCCCGUCCAACCCAAGGUAUUUGACGAUUUGACUGAUAUGUAUGAUGACCCCUCCGUUGUCCGGUAUUGCCAGAACGCGAGGGAAAUCACCGCAGCCACUCCUGCUCGGAUCAUUGCUCAGAUCUCGUCGGACUCUUUCAUGGACUAUGAACUGGUCUCCGACUUUUUCCUGACUUUCCGAUCCUACAUGUCAACCUACCAAGUUCUUGAUCUUCUCCUCGCAAGAUUGAGAUGGGCUAUUGGUCGCUUGGAAGAUGACGGGAGGAUUAUCCGCGUGCGCACCUUUGCCGCCCUUCGUCAUUGGAUUUUGAAUUAUUUUAUGGACGACUUCUUUGUUGAUCACCGCCUUCGGCUACGUUUCUGUAAGGAGGUCAACAGACUUUACAACGAUGUCAAGGCCAACCCAGAGAAUGGGUUUAGCGACCUCAAACUCAUACGCGACUUAAAGCGGUGCUGGAAUGGGCGAUGCUCAUUAUGCUGGGGCCCGGGGAACUUUGACCUUGAUGGGGAGCAGGAGGACGACAUUCAACCCGGAGAAAUAACUGACACAGACUGCACACCCAGGCCACUGAUCGGUGUUCAGCCUUCUCUGGCUCAACUUGACCCUCCUCAGGCUCCGGUUCCACGAGGGCCGCAACAGAGUUGGUUCGAAGCAGAUACAGCUGUUAGGCCAAGUCAUGAUCGUCAAAUGUCAGACAAUUCUGGUCUCCUGAGUGAUGGCAGUGUUCAAGCGACUUCUUGUUUCGUUCCCAAGCACAUUCUGCGCCCUAGUGGUGGGGGAGGAGAGGGGCAUUCAAAGGCUCCUCAUCCAGUCUCUGUUCAGUUGAGGCGAAAGAAUGCACCUGCAAACCUGCAAGUGGUCACCCAGCCCGCACCACCUUCAAAGGCGCUCGGCCAUAGGAAGGGGGCAAGCUCUAUCGAUAGCAACAGAGAGCCAACACCCCGCAAAACACAACCCGAGGAUCCUGCUCAGGUUGUCGAAGACGGAAGUAUCAUCCGAGGACUUCUUUACAGUCCAAGCACUCCUUUCGUCCAGAUUGUGUCGUCCCACUCCACUCAGUCACUUGACAGACACGAAAUGGGAGCCUUACGAGGAGGACCUAGAAGAGAGCAUGGUAUACAAUCAGCCACUCCGCCGGUUGCGAGAAAUAUCUUUGGGUCUUUGCGAAAAGUCCUUGGAAGUAAGCACGGUCAGAUUGAUAUGACCCUUCUCACUGUUUCACAAUCUCCUCAAGACGUACCGAUUCGAGGGCAAAAGGCACAUUUACCCCUCAAUGUGUCCAAAUCUCAUGAUGAGCUACGUAACAAGCCGGGCUCUGGUAUACCCAGAAAGGGCGAAAUGCGCAUUGAUCUUCUCUCGGCCGCGGCGUGUCAGAAUUAUGAGACAAAAUUUCCUUCGAAACAUCGAAUCAGUUACGCGCCCUUCUUUGCUAUCAACCGCCCUCUUCAGCCAGCCAUGUCUGCGGGAGAUGAGCACGAGCCACACCGUAUGCCAAGUCAUGCGACUCGUCAAAGCGGCUCAAUUUUGAUAGUCGAUGAUACCCGCCCAGAUUUUCCAUCAAUGUCUGGCGCGCUUCCAGUACCUGAGAAUGAUUUCGACUACGGAGAAGCUGCUCCUGUGCCACUGCUUAGCGUUCAUAAUGCGACACUACUGGAUGAUCAUAAAGCAAGUUUUGACGCGGUUGCGACGCAGAGGAGCUCAAACGUCCUUCCACAUGAUAUAGAUCUGCCACCAUCACAGGAGAGCAGUGGCAUUUUGGAACGGGCCAUAACAGACGCGACCAGACCAGAUGACAGGUCUGAGGCCCAGUUCGACAUAUCAGCCGUGGUUGAGAGAGCACAUUCUCCUACGACGGCCAGCUCCAGAACUGUUCGAGAGGACAUUAAGCCCGUCGAUGCUGACGCGACUGCCGAACUUGUUAUUCAGUCUGAAAAGGCACCAGCUGCGGAAAGCACGGAGGGCGAAGAUGGCGAGGGGUAUGAUUUUGAUUCGGAGGUGAGAUUACCAACGCAGACUCUAAGGCGGAGACCGGGAGGAGACUUGCGUCGGGUUGAAAACGUCCAAGAGUUGGACCAUUCAUUUCACCAUACUUCACUGGAUACGGCCAGCGCACUGUCUGAAUCACCUCAUGGGUCAUUACUCAUCAUGAAAACAGACACUGUCCAGCGCGUUCCUUCGCCAGAUGAUCCACCGCCAAAUAAACCGAUCUCUCUGAUCAAUACCCAUUCUUCCCAGCACCUCCGGCCUUCUUUCGAGGCAGCUGUUGCCGGUUUCUCUGCGAUUCCCGACGACGAAGAUGGCGGACUUGAGGCAACUUUAAUGAAGCUUGAGGGUCGUUACGAGAAGAGAUCACCACCCAUGGAACAGCACCCGCUUGACGCUACUGCCAGACGGCGAUCACUUCCAGAGCUGAGCCGGAUGUCUCAACCAGAGCCUGACAACUCCGUACAGGCAAUCAAGUAUCCUGCACCAGCUCCUGCUCUAUCUGCCGACGUUCGCACAACAGUGGACGAAGUUGCCUCAGAAAAAUCCGCUGACGAACCGCUUACGCCGGAGCCCCUGGUGGAAGAAGUGAAGCCAGCGGCCUCCCGUAGGUCCUCCAUCUACGGACUCCCAACCGAAAGCGUAGCCGAUUCUGAUGAGUCUUAUGGCUCUCUGCCAUUGUUGAAACGUGAGACAGGCUACGAGAGUACUGCCGAGCCUCUGCCUAUGAAGCCAACAGCAGACUUACCAAUGAUCGCUCCAGGUUAUUUUCCGCAAGACCCCCCUCAGCUAUUUCACCUACCCAAAGGACCUCCACCAAGCGGAAAUAAACAUAGAGCCAGCAUUCCACGACCGGAGACCGCCAAUGACAGUGCUCGAUCAUUCCUGCUGGACGAGGAUGAGAAUCUUUCGGAUCUAUCUUCGGAGAUUUCCGUGGACAUCAUCAAUUAUUCAGAAGUUGCAGGCCGUUCUAUUUCGCCCAUGCUCGCUGCCCCUGGAACAGCUAUAUCUGGACUGGAGAUACCAGCACACCCAUUGACCUAUGCGUCCGUGGUGAAUCUUCGUAUACCCACUCCACCAGAGCUAGCAUCUGAUCCCAUUCCACAGACCAACAACCCACAAGUCAACAGUUCGUCGCACAACGAUCAGCAGGCCCCCAAGCAGCAUGACCUAUCAUCUACUCAACCGUUAGCGCGUCUGCCGGCAGGUCCGGCGCACAUGCCUUUUAUCCUCGCUUGCGAUUCGCAAGUCCUUGCCCAGCAAAUGACUCUGGUAGAAAAGUCCGCCUUGUCCGAAGUGGAGUGGUCGGAUCUGGUCGAAAUGCGCUGGGAUAACAAGACGGCCGAAGUGCUGGAUUGGGUUGAGUGUGUCUCUAAUGGGAACGUUCGAGGAAUCGACUUAGUCAGCACACGCUUCAAUCUCGUUGUCAAAUGGACCUUGUCCGAGAUUGUUUUGACGCAGGAUAUUCAUGAAAGAGCUCGAGUCAUCACCAAAUAUAUUCAUGUCGCAGCACAUGCUCGUCGGCUGCACAAUUAUGCGACAAUGCUGCAACUCACACUUGCCCUGACAUCCACUGACUGCACACGACUCGCAAAGACAUGGGAUUUGGUGUCAAGCCCGGACAAAUCCUUAUUGAAGCAUAUGGAAACACUCGCGCAACCUUUACGUAAUUUUCACGAUCUUAGAAUGGAAAUGGAAUCGGCUGAUCUCAGCGAUGGCUGCAUUCCUUUUCUAGGAUUGUAUAUUCGCGACUUGACAUAUAAUGCACAGAAGCCCUCUCACGUUGCAGGUGCUCGCGGGACCGAGUCUCUGGUCAACUUCGAACGCUACAGGAGUACGGCUAUUAUUGUGAAGGGGCUAUUACGGCUCAUUGAUGCCAGUUCAAGGUACAACUUCGAACCGAUGCAGGGAAUAAUCGAGCGAUGUCUCUGGUUGGCCGCUCUAGGUGAUGAUCGAAUACGCAGCGCAAGCAAGACAUUGGAAAACUAA